AUGGGAGCUUUUUAAAUUGCACUCAUAUCAAUCAUAGUCUUUAGUUCCAUUCAAUUUGUCUAAUACGUCCUUGUAAUGACUGCAUAUUUGCUACUUAUUCAGAAUUAAAUCCCAUACUUGAGAACUAAAUUCUUGUUAGUAACAUUAGUGGCAUUACAAAACAUAGGAAUGAUGUUAGUUAAUGAUCAUUAGAAUUCUAAAAUCGUUAAUAAUACAACUUGCACCAUAUAAGCACUCAUUAUUCACGGAACUCAAUUAUCAAUUUAUACUCUUUUUUUGUGCAUAACAUAUUCUAAAUGUAGAAAAGAAUUGAAUGAAAACUCAAUAAUUAGUAUAACACUAGUAACUUUGUCGUUUAUGAUAAUUCCCCUUAUAAUGCAUUAAACUCGACCGGGUGAACUUUUAUGUGAAUUUGAUUAACCAACCAAAGUUAUACUAAGCACCAUCUGUAGCUAUAUAAUAUUAGUGGCUUUACUUGUUUGUCCACUACUUACAAUUAAUAAGAUUGACUCUUAGUUGAACAAGUUUAUUGUUAUAUUCACAAUCACUUAAAUAGUUGAAGUAGUUAAGAAUACAAUUGACAUCAGCGAGUUGGAAUUGGCUGGGUUGUUUUUCAUUCAGAUACGAAACUUUUUAUUCAUACUGUUGUUUUAGAUUGAAACAAAGGAUGCCUUUUUAUGUGCAUAUUGCGGAUUGACAAAAAAGCCAAAGAAAAGCAGAUAAAAUCUAACAAGAUAAGAGGAAUGUAUUCCAGUAAGAGAAAAUGAAAUGACAUAUAAAAUUUGA